CAUGCGCACAUUCGCGGAGAAUGGUAGUCAGUGUGACAGAGAGACUGAGAUCUCUUCCAUUAUGAAUCCAUGUUUCGAGAAACAUUUCUUAUUCUAAAUUGAUCAUAAAUUUUGAGCGCUGACUUUACGCUUUGAACCUCAGACGCGGCCUUCUAUUUUGACUGAUUAUUUUCGUUUUAUUUUUAAUCCACUCAAACAAUUAUCAAAAAGCCAGCCAUUAUACAGGUAGAAUAAUUUCAUGUCAUUUAAACGAUAUCAGAGGUAUAAAGUUCUCGUCUAUUUUCUCCAUCAAUUGUGGCUUUUUUCCCUCCUAAAAGGAAAAGAAAAUUGUGCAAGUAAAUAGUGGAGUUUUUAAGAGGAAAAGAAAAAACAGCUAAAGAAAAACGCCACUUUAAAGCUAAAAAUUCAUCAUCUUUUUUGCUUGGCGUGGCCGUGCAUGUGAGUGAGGCAGCUCUGUAGUCGUCCCACGUUUGGUUCGCAUAUUUUGUGGGGGUGUAGUGUGUACCUCUUGACCAUGUUCCCCUAAACAUUUUUUUUUUUCCUUUUUCUCGAGAAAAAGUCUGAAAAUUCGAAGAUUCCAAGCUGUAAGCUUUACUGUCGAGAAAAUCUCCAUUUCCCAGUUUCUAGGUUUUCUGAUUCUCAUAUUCACCGUUACAGUUUUGAGCUGAUGAAGUGAAUGUGUUGCACAUUCUGACUUUUGGUUGAUCCGAUUUCUGCUGGAAAGUUUCGAGCUUUUUCGCUGAAAGUACUUGUUGUUAGAGAAAGAUCUGGAGAAUUUCCAGUCAAAGGUGGAUUUUCCGUUGUUGUCAAGUUGAAUUUUUCUAGGGUUGUUGAUUUGCGAACAAUUUGGCCAUUUUUGCUUGGUUGGUCUAGCUGUGAGGAAGAGAAUUUAGGGAUCUGAUUGCGGUUCUCUCGGGAGAUGACUGGAAUUUGACAAUGGAUGUGUCGUAGUAGUACUAGAAGAAGAAUAACUAGUUCAACUAGGAGGAGAAUCUUUGUGAGAGAUGGCUUCGACGACGCCGUCUCCGACCUCUUCGACUUCUUCAGUUCCGUCGCCGACGUCUCCGCCAGCGGAUUCCUCAACGACGACUCCUCCGUCGUCGCAGCCCGAUCAGACUUCCGACUCCCCAGCGCCUCCGGCCUCCUCUAACUCUACUUCCUCAUCGCCGCCGCCACAAUCUCCGCCGGCCGAUCCGACUCCCGCGCCGCCGCCGACAUCGACUUCACCGCCUCCUUCCACUCCCGCGUCUCCGCCGCCUUCGACUGCCGCGCCUCCGCCACCUUCGACUGCCGCGUCUCCGCCGCCUUCAACUCCAGCCUCCCCGCCGCCGACAACUCCAGCUACAUCGGCGCCGCCUCCAUCGCCGCCUACGUCACCGCCGCCGUCGCCUCCGGCUGCACCUCCUCCUGUGGAGGCUUCUCCGCCGCCUCCGGUAGCGACCUCGCCGCCUCCGUCCGGAGGAUCUUCUUCUCCGCCUCCUCCUCCCGAAGCUUCUCCGACGCCUCCGGCUGCUACGACGUCGCCACCUCCUGAUCAAGCUGUUCAAUCUCCUCCGCCUCCUCCGGCCACUGUCCCUACUCCUCCAUCGUCGAAUUCUCCCCCUCCGCCGGCGGCUGAUCCACCGAAAUCUUCUCCUCCGUCUCCGCCAUCUGGUUCUGGAUCUCCUCCUCCGCCGGAGACGACAUUGCUGUCGCCUCCUCCUCCGGUUCAUUCGUCCUCUUCACCGUCUCCUCCUACGUCUUCCCCUGCUCCGCCUAGUAAUUCGACAAGCCCUGCUUCCCCAGCACCCUUGCCUGCUAUUCCGACUCAGAAGCCCACUGCAAAAUCGACCACUGACAACGACGUGUCGUCCAGUGGUUCAUCUGCAGACGGGCUGAAAACUGGAGGAGCUGUUGCAAUUGGUGUCAUAGUUGGGUUGGUAGUGCUCAGCCUCAUUGUCAUGGCUGUGUGGUUUGUACGGAAGAAGAAGAGGAGAAACAAAUUGACUGUUGGCUAUAGCAUGCCUUCCCCAUUUGCCUCCUCCCAAAAUUCAGAUUCAGUAUUUCUGAGGUCCUAUUCUCCAGCUCCUCCUCCUCGUGUGGGAAGUGGCUCUGGUAGUGACUUCAUGUACGCACCUUCAGAGGGUGGGGUAAGCAAUUCGAAGUCGUGGUUCACAUAUGAAGAGCUAAUCCAGGCCACAAAUGGGUUUUCAACGCAGAAUCUUCUAGGUGAAGGUGGAUUUGGCUGUGUAUACAAAGGUGUCCUGGUAGAUGGCAGAGAGGUCGCCGUGAAACAGUUGAAGAUCGGUGGUGGACAGGGGGAGCGUGAGUUCAGAGCAGAAGUUGAAAUUAUUAGCCGAGUACACCAUCGCCAUUUGGUCUCUCUUGUGGGUUAUUGUAUAUCUGAGCAUCAAAGGCUCCUUGUCUACGACUAUGUUCCAAACAACAAUCUUCAUUAUCAUCUUCAUGAUGAAGGCAGGCCUGUUAUGGAUUGGGCAACCAGAGUCAAGGUUGCUGCUGGUUCAGCUCGGGGAAUAGCUUACUUACAUGAAGACUGCCAUCCCCGCAUUAUCCAUAGGGAUAUUAAGUCAUCAAACAUCCUUCUGGAUAACAAUUAUGAAGCUCAGGUUUCAGAUUUUGGGCUUGCAAAGUUGGCACUUGAUUCAAAUACACAUGUAACAACACGUGUGAUGGGAACCUUCGGAUACAUGGCUCCGGAGUAUGCAACAAGUGGGAAGUUAACUGAAAAGUCUGAUGUUUAUUCAUUUGGGGUUGUGCUUUUGGAGCUAAUUACUGGUCGCAAACCUGUGGAUGCCUCUCAACCUUUGGGUGAUGAGAGCCUUGUAGAAUGGGCUCGACCAUUGCUUUCUGAAGCGCUUGAUACUGAGGACUUUGGGGAGUUGGUAGAUCCGAGGCUGGGAUUAAAUUUCAAUGAAAAUGAGAUGUUCCGUAUGAUUGAGGCAGCCGCGGCUUGUGUGCGUCAUUCGGCUGCAAAAAGGCCACGAAUGGGACAGGUGGUGAGAGCUCUAGACUCCAUGGACGAGAUCUCUGAUCUCAGCAAUGGAAUGAAACCGGGCCAAAGUGAACUUUUCGAUCUGGCGCAACACUCUACGCAAAUUAGAAUGUUCCAGAGGAUGGCAUUUGGAAGUCAGGAAUACAGUACCGACUUCUUCGAGCGCACUCACAGUAGCUGGGGGAGUCAAGAUCACAGGGACCAAACUCAGAGUAGCUUUGGGAGUAGAGACAGCAGAGUCCAACCUCAGAGAAGUUGGGCGAGCAGAGAGCAGGGUGACCGGAGUACAAUAAACAUAAAUAGAUCUGGGAUGUGUAACAACUAAAGACAAGUUCAAGACUUACUGUACAAACUGGAGAGAAACCAGCUUUUCACAAUUUGGUAAUCAACUUCUCGGCGACGGUUGAAUGAUACCGAGUAAGAAAUCUUCCAUUGAGGUUUUGUAACCGAGUAUAGUUCCUCAUAUACUGUAAAUCAUAUGAAAAUUGCCUCGUGUUUUUUUUUUUUUUUUUUUU